UGGAUGAGGAGGAAGCUGCAAGACAAAAACUGCAGCUGGACAAAGUGACCGCUGAGUCGAAGAUCAAGAAAAUGGAGGAGGACAUUUUGCUGCUGGAGGACCAAAACUCCAAGUUUCUCAAGGAGAAGAAGCUGCUGGAGGACAGGGUCGCCGAGAUGACCUCCCAGCUGACUGAGGAGGAGGAAAAAGCAAAGAAUCUCGGCAAGGUCAAGAACAAGCAGGAGAUGAUGAUGGUUGACCUGGAGGAGCGUUUAAAGAAAGAAGAGAAAACACGUCAGGAGCUGGAGAAAGCCAAACGCAAGCUGGACGCCGAGACGACCGACCUGCAGGACCAGAUUGCGGAGCUUCAGGCACAGAUAGAGGAGCUGAAGAUCCAGCUGGCCAAAAAGGAGGAGGAGCUGCAGGCUGCUCUGGCCAGGUGUGAUGAGGAGUCUGUGCAAAAGAACAACGCUUUGAAGCAGAUUCGGGAGCUGCAGGCGCAGAUAGCUGAGCUUCAGGAGGAUCUGGAGUCUGAGAAGAUGUGUCGAAGUAAAGCUGAGAAACUCAAGAGAGACCUGAGUGAGGAGCUGGAAGCUCUGAAGACUGAGCUGGAGGACACGCUGGAUACCACGGCCGCCCAGCAGGAACUCAGGAGCAAGCGAGAGCAGGAGGUGGCAGAGCUGAAGAAGGCCAUUGACGAGGAGACCAAAAACCACGAGGCUCAGAUCCAGGACAUGAGGCAGAGGCACGCCACAGCGCUCGAGGAACUGUCCGAACAGCUGGAGCAGGCCAAGAGGUUCAAAGCCAACCUGGAGAAGAACAAGCAGUGCCUGGAGAAUGACAACAAAGAGCUGGUCUGUGAAGUGAAGGCUCUGCAGCAGGCAAAGACUGAGUCGGAGCACAAGAGGAAGAAGCUGGAGGCUCAGCUGCAGGAGUCAUUGGCCAGGGCCACCGAGGUGGAGAGAGCCAAGGGAGAGCUGGCCGAGCGCUCCCACAAACUCCAGACGGAGCUGGACAACGUGUCUACUUUGCUGGAGGAGGCAGAGAAGAAGGGCGUUAAACUGGCUAAAGAAGUUGAAAACCUGAACAGCAAACUGCAAGACUCUGAGGAGUUGCGGCAGGAGGAGACGCGUCAGAAGCUGAACCUGAGCGGCCAAAUCCGCCAGCUGGAGGCGGAUAAGAACAACUUGCUGGAGCAGCAGGAAGAGGACGAGGAGGCACGACGCAGCCUUGAGAAACAGCUGCAGACCGUGCAGGCUCAGCUGUUUGAGACAAAGAAGAAGUUGGAGGAGGAUGUGGGAGCAAUGGAGGGUCUGGAGGAGGUGAAGAGGAAACUCCAGAAGGACAUGGAGCUCACCAACCAGCGUCUGGAGGAGAAGACAAUGUCUUUGGACAAGAUGGAGAAGACUAAAAACCGACUGCAGCAGGAGCUGGAUGACCAGAUGGUGGAACUGGACCUCCAGAGACAGAUCGUGUCCAAUCUGGAAAAGAAGCAAAAGAAGUUUGACCAGAUGUUGGCUGAGGAGAAGACCAUCUCUGCUCGUUACGCUGAGGAGCGCGAUCGCGCUGAGGCCGAGGCCAGAGAGAAGGAGACCAAGGCUCUGUCGAUGGCCAGAGCUCUGGAGGAGGCCUUGGAGGCCAAAGAAGAACUGGAGAGGUUUAACAAACAACUUCGUGCUGAAAUGGAGGACUUGAUGAGCUCCAAGGAUGAUGUGGGGAAGAAUGUCCAUGAGCUAGAGAAGUCCAAGCGUACGUUGGAGCAGCAGGUGGAGGAGAUGAGAACACAGCUGGAGGAGCUGGAGGAUGAGCUGCAGGCCACAGAAGAUGCCAAACUCCGUCUGGAAGUCAACAUGCAAGCCAUGAAGGCUCAGUUUGACCGAGACCUGCAGGCCAGAGAUGAGCAGGGCGAGGAGAAGAAAAGAGCGCUUGUCAAACAGGUACGUGAGAUGGAGGCAGAGCUGGAGGACGAGAGGAAGCAGAGAUCUGUGGCUGUGGCAGCCAAGAAGAAGCUGGAGAUGGACCUGAACGAGCUGGAGGGUCAGAUCGAAGCUGCCAACAAAGGCAGGGACGAGGCAAUCAGACAGCUCCGGAAACUACAGGCUCAGAUGAAAGACUACCAGAGGGAGCUGGAGGAGGCCCGAGCCUCCCGGGAUGAGAUCUUCGCGCAGUCCAAGGAGAAUGAGAAGAAACUCAAGAGUCUGGAAGCUGAAAUCUUGCAGCUUCAGGAGGACCACGCAGCUUCAGAGAGGGCCCGUCGACAUGCUGAACAGGAGAGGGAUGAGCUGGCUGACGAGAUCUCCAGCAGUGCUUCUGGAAAGUCGUCACUGCUGGAGGAGAAGCGGAGGCUGGAGGCUCGCAUCGCCCAGCUGGAGGAGGAGCUGGAGGAGGAGCAGGGCAACAUGGAGCUGCUCAAUGACCGCUUCAGAAAGGCCAACCUGCAGGUCGACACCCUGAAUACCGAAUUGGCCGCAGAGCGCAACACUGCGCAGAAGAGUGAGAACGCCCGCCAGCAGCUGGAGCGACAAAACAAGGAGCUGAAGGCCAAGCUGGCAGAGCUGGAGGGGGCUGUCAAGUCAAAGUUUAAGGCGUCCAUCACUGCUCUGGAAGCCAAAAUCCUGCAGCUGGAAGAGCAGCUGGAGCAGGAAGCCAAGGAGAGAGCGGCGGCCAACAAAAUCGUCCGACGUACAGAGAAGAAACUGAAGGAGGUGAUGAUGCAGGUGGAGGAUGAGCGUCGUCAUGCCGACCAGUACAAGGAGCAGAUGGAGAAGGCGAACUCUCGCAUGAAGCAGCUGAAGCGUCAAUUGGAGGAGGCGGAGGAGGAGGCCACCAGAGCAAAUGCCGCUCGCAGGAAGCUGCAGAGGGAGCUGGACGAUGCCACCGAGGCCAGCGAGGGUCUCACCCGAGAGGUCACCUCGCUGAAGAACCGCCUCAGGCGCGGCGGUCCAGUCAGCAGCUUCUCCUCCGGCCGCUCAGGCCGGCGCAACCUCAACUUGGACGGCGCCUCCGUCGAUAUGUCAGACGACGACGCAGACAGCCGCUCCGGCGACUUUAACGAGACGCCAAACACCAACGUCGAGUAACCGCAGCAGCGACCGCCUCUUUCCUCACCCCACUCUUUUCCCCAACUGUGUCUCCCCCACCCCCAAAGUCCACAUGGACUCAUCUCAAACCACUCAGAUCAGAGCGAUGAGAGGUUUCUAUUCAAGCUGGGCGGAGCAUGCCUGGCAGUCCUUUUUUUCCCCAUCCGUCACCUCUGCAGGGAAAAUCCACCGCCCUCCUCAAGGAACGCCUCCGAUCCGGAGUGCCACGGGACAAACGGACACUUCUGCCUUACUCCGUUCUCCUCUGACAAGCUGCUAGUCCUGGCUCGUCCGUCAGCAUCAUCUCAGCAUCAUAACCCUUACACCUGCCCCGUCCCAUCAGAAAUCAUCUGCUCUGCUUUUUAGGUACAAAGUGCUUUUUAUACAAACGAAACUCUACGUGUAGGCAAAGGUUGUGAGGUGUGCGCACGUCACGUCCGUCAUGUGACCGCGACUCAUACUGGAAAUGCAGGACUACAAGGAAAAGUGUCUGACUCUGGUGUUUUAAGUGUUCUGCUCACUCGUCAUGCAAAAGCCAUCUCUCACCUCACACGUUCCCUCCAUCCAGUGUUCUGAAUGACUAAAGCCUAAAACCCCACACAAACCAAGGUCACUGUGGCCUCCGGACGGCAGCGCCGGCUGCUUUUGUUGCAUGAGUCUCUUUCUGACGAUGUUUCUUGUUUGGCUUUUACACUGCAGCACUUACGGGAACAACUAACAUCUCGAGACAUGCAAUAGAAAAAACACAGACUCUGAAGUGAAAGUAUGUUACUGUGAAAACAAACAAAAAAAGAGGUAUUAUAUUUUCUCUGUGGCUUCAUCUCAAGAUGUAAUAAAAGAAUGUCUCGCUGGGUUUUAACUGGUUAUCUGAAGCUAACGACCUGUCCUGUGGAUUGGCCUGAGCCGCGAAUGAUGCACCGAUGCUGGAACGUGCACAGUACUGCACAGAGAAUUCAAACUUAAAGCCAACAAAGAGGAAAGAAGCUCAAACCGGAAGCACUAAAGCUGCACUCAGUACGACACUAAAUGGUUGUAAACACGUGCUCCGAUUAGACGUGAAGAUUAAAACUAGUCACCUUAUCACCACAUUUACAGUGUUUGUGCUCAGCCUUGCUUUGUAUUACCUUUAAAUUGACUUUAUGCUAUGAUUUGGUAAAACGUAUACUGUAAAUAAAACUGAAAAAUUCAAGACUACAGACGUCAACAUUCAGCAAGCAUUAGCUUUUCUCUGAUCUUUAAGAAGCAAAGGUGUGAUUUAACAACACUCGACUGCUGUUACUGAAACACUCACUGUCAGCUGGAUGAAGAAAUAUUAACAUUUUUAAGCCAGCACGGACAAAAAGUCUCAAGUGCCUGAGACAGAUGUUCGUCUGCCUGGGCCAACCCAAAAACCUCAUCUCUCCAGAGCGUCCCAGGUCAGCCCUGGGGUCUCCUCCAGGAGGACAUGCCCAGAACACCUCAGCUGGCUUCUUUAUACGUGGAGGAGGAGAGAGCUCAUUACUGUCAUGUUCUGAAGAUCACAGUUACUUCCUCCAGAGGCCAUCUGAGAAUCUAAUACAGGUCAAACGUAGGCAAAAGUCCCAUAAAGAUGGCAACAGGAAGCUUGUUUGACAGGUAACCCUGAGUAUUAAUGUCGCCUAUAUUAAAUAUGUGAAUGAAACAGGCAUUACAGGCUGCUUUCAGCUGAAGACCAGUUUAAAAGUGUAGAUGGAGUUGGAAAAGAGUGACUCUGUAGUCUACACUCCUCUCUGUAUUGCAAUGGUUAAGUUGCAUUGUGGGUAAUGUAGGCACCGUGAGGAGUAAUGGUGGUUUUAGUGCAUCAGUUUGGGUAAAUUUAUUUUAAAGACAUCGGUCGAGUUCCCCUUAAAUACUUCUCGUCUGCGCUGGCUUGUAAUUUCAAAUAAAAACAGAUCUCAAAAGUUUAAAGAAAAUAUUUUUCUUUCUUCAGCAAAAUGAUUUAACAGAGUGUGCUGAAAAACCCUCAGAACAGCAGUAAAACACAAAUCAGCACCUACAAACGAUAUUUUGCGAGUUUAAUCCCAAAUCUUCAGACCUCUGACAGAUCUGAUCAAGCACUCAUUCUUCAUUCAUUACAGGUUGUCUGAAUUCAAGGUUUUUUUUUUCUUAGCUCUGCUUUAUCUCCAGCAGCGUCCACAGUGUGAAAACCACACGCCAGGGCUCCCAUAUCCACCACCUGUGCCCAUCAAUGGCAGACUCCUGUGCCCCCUCCCUCCUCAAACGUCAACACUAAACAGUAUGUUUCUUUAAAAGUGCCUUAGACACUAAAUAAGAACAUAAGCGGGCAAAGCUUCCUCACAGAGGUAACAGGUACAUCAAGAAGAAGAUACUCAACACUUCAUUUUGCUUUCUUUUCUUUUGUAUUGUCGCCGUGCUUCGUAUCAUCAUAUCCACCGUGUACCUCUGCGUUUGUAAUAUCCUCCUAGCUAGAGCGUGUGGGUCAGAAUCAGUAUUACAGUAUUAUGAUUAAACUAACAUGAGAAGCGGAGCCCCCUGCAGCCUCAUUUCCCCACGUUACUCUCAUGCUAAGCUCGUUUCUCCCCCUCAGGCGAAGGCUUAGCACAUUACUGUGGGAACUGAUGCACUGCACAGGAUGCAAUUUGGUUGGAAGCUUUAACAUUCACUAGUAGUUAACUCUGUUUUCUGUUAUUAUUAUUAUUAUUAUUAUUAUUACCCAGCUGGCUGUUGACAACCAGGCGUUCAACUGCAAAUACUCUCAUCAUUGUUAUUUCUUGUAUACCUGUAUUUCUAGACGGUGAUUUUUUUCUGUUUUUGUAAAAGGAAAAUAAAGCAUAUUCAAUGUAACUGUUA